AUGGAGGAACUGGUUAUGAGCAAAGAUACGAACGUUUACAGGGAACAAGGACUAGAAGAAACUUGCAGGUUGCUACUCGAAAGAGGAGCUGACGUGAAUGCCCAAAUCAACCAAGGUCAAACGGCACUGCACCUAGCCAUUGGGCAGGAACACAAAGAUAUCGCACAAAUCCUCGUAGAACAUGGUGCCGAUGUCAAUUUGAAAACUCGGUGGAACGAGACACCGCUUCAUUAUGCAAUGGAACGAGGACUAGAAGAAACUUGCAGGUUGCUACUCGAAAGAGGAGCUGACGUGCAUGCCCAAAUCCUCGUAGAUCAGGGUGCCUAUGUCAACUUGAAAACUUCAAUGGGCGAGACACCUCUUCAUUUGGCUGCGCAAAAAGGACUAGAAGAAACUUGCAGGUUGCUACUCGAAAAAGGAGCUGACGUGCACGCCGAAAACAACAAUGGUCAAACGGCAAUGCACCUAGCCAUUCGGGAGGGAUACAAAGAUAUCUGGGACGAGACACCUCUUCAUUUUGCUACGCGAGAAGGACUAGAAGAAACUUGCAGGUUGCUACUCGAAAGAGGAGCUGACGUGGAUGCCCAAAACAAAUAUGGUCAAACGGCACUGCACCUAGCCAUUCGGGAGGGACACAAAGAUAUCGUACAAAUCCUCGGUGCCGAUGUCAACUUGAAAACUUCAAUGGGCGAGACAACUCUUCAUUUGGCUGCGCAAAAAGGACUAGAAGAAACUUGCAGGUUGCUACUCGAAAGAGGAGCUGACGUGCACGCUGAAAACAACAAUGGUCAAACGGCAAUGCACCUAGCCAUUCGGGAGGGAUACAAAGAUAUCGUACAAAUCCUCGUAGCACAUGGUGCCGAUGCCAAUUUGAAAACUGAGUGGGCCGCGAUUCAUUUUGCUGCGCGAGAAGGACUAGAAGAAACUUGCAGGUUGCUACUCGAAAGAGGAGCUGACGUGGAUGCCCAAAACGAACGUAGUGAAACGGCACUGUACGUAGCCAUUCGGAAGGGACACAAAGAUAUCGUACAAAUCCUCGUAGAUCAGGGUGCCGAUGUAAAUUUGAAAACUGAGUGGGACGAGACACCGCUUCAUUGUGCAGGGGAACGAGGUCUAGAAGAAACUUGCAGGUUGCUACUCGAAAGAGGAGCUGACGUGGGUGCCCGAAACAAAGAUGAUCAGGGUGCCGAUGUCAAUUCGAAAAAUCGGUGGAACGAGACACCGCUUCAUUAUGCAAUGGUAGGAGGACUAGAAGAAACUUGCAGGUUGCUACUCGAAAGAGGAGCUGACGUGCACGCCAAAAACAGAAAUAGAGAAACGGCACUGCACCUAGCCAUUCAGUUGAGUUGCGAAGAUAUCGUACAAGUCCUCGUAGAACAUGGUGCCGACGUCAAUGUGAAAAAUAAGCAAGGCCAGACACCGCUCCAUUUUGCCGCUCAGCGUGGUCAAAUACGUAUCAUGGAAAUUCUCUUGAAUUCGAACGUUAACAUCGAUUCCAUAAAUGAGAAUGGUGACACUGCACUUCAUCUGGCAUCCUGCGCCAAUCAGUAUGAAGCCGUUUUGACUCUCAUAGAAAACGCGGCCGACGUAAACAUUAUUAACAAAGACCAGCAAACAGCGUUAAACUUAUACUGUUUUACGAAUAGACAUAUGGAGCGCUUCACGUUUCCCGAUAGUAUCCAGCAGUUGCUAAUUAAAAUGCAGAUUGCUAACUUGGACGUGAAUAACGGAAAUGUGGAGAUAUUUAAUAUCACUACGAAUACGAACGAGCAAUCUCUAAAAUUUCAGAAAAAAUGUGUUGAAGAGAGAAUGAGAAUGAAAAACACAAAAAUUAACGAUACUAUCCUAACAUUUCAUGAUAUCCUAACAAAACGCGUAGACCAAAUAGCAUUAUACGCGAGAAAUGAAGAUGUUGUUCAGGUUUUGAAACGGAGCAAUUAUCGGAGAGAAUUUCCUAUCUACGAAGACAUAAUAGAACGUCGUUUCAAUAGAGGUAUGGUACAAAAGGAGUUGUUAGACGAGGGCGUUACAUUUUUCCGCCGUUUCCUCGGUGGAUAUUGUGAUUUACUUUGUAUUCAACGAAUAUUAAAGUACCUCAAUAAUAGGGACCUAAUGAAUUUGAGAGAUGUUUGUAAAAACGUAUGUCCUAACAUUGACGAUGCAACUAAACGGGAAACACUGUAA